AAUAUAUACACGGUUUUCUGAACUUUUGAUUUAUUUAGUCAUUCUCGAGAGUUAUAAUAUAGCUAUUUUCUCUACCUUUGUUCUAGACGUGAAAGAAUAUCGGUACUUUUGUAAAGAAAAUUUCAAAAACUUGAAAUUUCAGCUAUGGAAAGCUUCUUAAGAGUUGGAUUAAUGCUUUUUCUAAGUGUUGAAUAUUACUUCUGUGCUUUUGAAAAAAAUGAGAGUACGUCAGUAAUUGAACGUAGGAUGAUUGGAGGAAGGGUGGCAAAAUAUGGAGAAUUUCCAUUUCUGGUAGCAAUAUUUGAAAAAGAAGAAUUUCAGGGGUGUUUUACGUUAAUCACAUCACAAACAUUAAUAGGAGCAGCACACGUUGUAGAAAGCAAUCCUUAUAUUUUAAUUGUAGGAGAUCAAGCAGGUGAGUGUAGAGCUCAUGGAAAUUUAGGAUCUGCAUAUUUUUCUAAAGGUAAUUACAAAGAGGCACUUACAAGUCACAGAUACCAAUUAGUUUUGGCAAUGAAAUGCAAGGAUACGCAAGCUGCUGCUUGUGCUCUUACAAGUUUAGGUCAUGUAUACACUGCAAUUGGAGAUUAUCCCAAUGCUCUUGCAAGUCAUAAACAAUGUGUACAGUUAGUCAGACAAAUGGGAGAUAGAUUACAAGAAGCUCGUGAAAUAGGCAAUGUGGGGGCAGUUUAUUUAGCAAUGGGAGAUUUCGGAAAGGCCGUAGAUUGCCAUUUAGAACAUCUUUGUUUAGCUAAACAACUUGGAAAUAAAGUUGAAGAAGCUAGAGCUUACAGUAAUCUUGGAUCUUCUCAUCAUUAUCGACGAAACUUUGAACAAGCAAUUACAUUUCAUAGCCAUGUUUUAAGAAUUGCUCAAGAACUUGGAGACAAAACUAUAGAAGCCAGAGCUUAUGCAGGUCUUGGACAUGCAGCUAGAUGCAUGGGUGAUUAUCAACAAGCAAAAAAAUGGCAUGAGAAACAAUUGGAUAUGGCAUUGAGCACAAAGGAUAAAGUUGCAGAAGGUAGAGCCUGUUCAAAUUUAGGUAUUGUUUAUCAACUUCUUGGAGAUUUUGAUGCAGCAGAUAAAUUACAUCAAGCUCAUCUGAACAUUGCUAGAACUUUAGGAGAUAGAGCAGGAAUGGGAAGAGCUUAUGGCAAUAUUGGAAAUGCGUAUAGUGCUAUGGGUCGCUAUGAACAAGCAAUUAAGUUUCAUAAACAAGAAUUAACAAUCUCUAAAGAAGUUAAUGAUAGAAGUGCAGAAGCAUCCACUCAUGGAAAUCUUGCAGUAGCAUAUCAAGCCUUAGGAAUGCAUGAAAUGGCUCUCUUACAUUAUCAUAGUCAUCUAAAUAUUGCACAGGAACUUAAAGAUACAGCAGGUGAAGCUUGUGCCUUAUGCAAUCUUGGAAAUUGCCAUAGCUCAAGAGGAGAAUUUGCUCAAGCAGUACCUUAUUAUGAAAGUUUUUUAAGACUCUCUCAAGAAAUAUUAGAUGUGGAAGGAGAAGCAAAAGCUUGUCACUUUUUGGGUUAUGUUCAUUAUUGCUUAGGAAAUUAUAAGGAAGCAGUUCAUUACUAUGAAAGAGAUUUAGCAUUGGCAAAAGAUUUACAAGAUCGUAUGAGCAUGGGAAGAGCAUAUUGCAAUUUGGGAUUAUCACAUUUGGCUUUAGGAAAUUAUGAAGAAGCUUUAGAAUGUCAAAAAUAUUUUCUAGCUCUUGCCCAAAUGAUGAAACAUGUUCAGGGAAAAUUUAGAGCUUUAGGAAAUUUAGGUGAUGUAUUAAUGAAAAUGAAAAAUACAACUGAAGCUGUUAAAGUUUACCAAAAACAAUUAGUUAUAUCAAAACAAAGUAGAGAUAAAGCAUUGGAAGCUGCUGCCUAUGGUGCUCUUGGUUUAUGUCAUCGUCAAAUUCAGUGUUAUGAUAAAGCAUUAGGCUAUCAUACCCAGGAAUUAACCAUCAGGCAAGAAAUGGGUGAUGUGAGAGGUGAAUGCAAAGCACAUGGUCAUUUAGGAGCUGUUCAUGUAUCAUUAGGAAAUUAUACUCAUGCAAUUAAAUGUUAUGAAGAACAGUUGGAAAGGGCAAAAGAAUUAAGAGAUUGUAAUCUUGAAACUCAGUCUUUAGGAAACUUGGGCAUUUCGCAUCUAAAUAUGGGUCAUUUUGAAGAUGCCAUUGGUUAUUUUGAGCAACAAUUAGCACUAUUAGAACAGUUGGGUAGUAGCACAGCUUUAGUUGACAAAGGAAGAGCAUAUGGAAAUCUUGGUAAUUGUUAUGAUGCUCUUGGAGAUUUUGAAGAAGCUGUUAAAUGCCAUGAUCAAUAUUUGGCAGUUGCAUUAAAAGCCCAAUCUUUUCGUGAUCAAGAAAGAGCUUAUCGAGGAUUGGGUAAUUCACAUAGAUACUUAGGCAACCUUCAGCAAUCAUUGGUAUGUUUUGAAAAAAGACUAGUUGUAGCCCAUGAAUUAGGUAGCACUAGUGCUAAAGCUGCAGGUUAUGGAGAAUUGGGUGGAAUUCACAGUCAACUUGGCAAUUAUGAACAAGCAAUUUCUUGUUUAGAACAUCAAAUGACAUUAGCCAGAGAUUUAGAUGAUAGAACAGCAGAAGCAGAUGCUGCCUGUGGUCUCGGAUGUGUUUAUCAGCAAAUGGGAGAACACCAAAGAGCAUUGCAUUAUCAUCAGCUUGAUUUAGCCAUUGCUGAAGAAACACAAAACAUGGCUGCUCAAGGUCGAGCAUAUGGAAAUUUAGGAAUAGCACAUGAAUCAUUAAGUAAUUUUGAUCAAGCCAUUUUAUAUCAAGAACAACAUUUAAGUAUUGCUGCCCAAGUCAAUGAUAAAGUUGCAAAAAUUUUAGCAUACAGCAGUCUAGGACGUGUGCAUCAUGCAUUAGGUAAUACACCUCAAGCUGUAACUUAUUUGCAACAAGGUUUGCAGAUUGCUGAACAACUUGGCAGAAGAGAAGAUGAAGCAAAAAUCAGACAUCAAUUGGGACUUGCAUUAUGGAGAAAUGGUGAUCUUGAAGGUGCCCAGCAACAGCUUUAUCGUGCUGCUGAUUUAUUUGAAAGUAUACGUUAUGAAGCUAGAGGAACAAGUGAUUACCAAUUGUCAUUAUUUGAUUUACAAAUGGCAUCGUAUCAAGCUUUACAGGUAAAUUUUAGAAAAUAUUUUAAUUUGUUAUUGCUUAUAUUUUCUAAAGAAUUAUUUAUUUUUCACUCAAAUAAAAAAUUUUUUCAUUGGAAGGUAAGUCAGUUUAAAUUAAAAUUGAAGACUGAAUCUGUCAGAAAAACACUGUCNAUUUUUGAAACUGUGGAUAGACAAAAAGCUACUGUUUUGUAUUACAGUAUAGCAGGAGGUUAUUUAUAUAUUUGGUUGAUUGCACCUAACAAAGGAAUUGUUAAAUUUCACGAAAGCAAUAUUAGUGAUCUGGAAUCAGAAAAUAAUACAAAUCAGCCAGGUUCUUUACCACCAUCAAGUUCCUUAAUAGAUCAAUAUGUAAAUUCUGUUCGAGAAGCACUUGGUGUAGAAAUGCCUACUUGUCAAAGUGGUGGAAUAAUAAGUGAAACAGAAAGUGAAUUGGGUAGUAGCACAGCUUUAGUUGACAAAGGAAGAGCAUAUGGAAAUCUUGGUAAUUGUUAUGAUGCUCUUGGAGAUUUUGAAGAAGCUGUUAAAUGCCAUGAUCAAUAUUUGGCAGUUGCAUUAAAAGCCCAAUCUUUUCGUGAUCAAGAAAGAGCUUAUCGAGGAUUGGGUAAUUCACAUAGAUACUUAGGCAACCUUCAGCAAUCAUUGGAGUCAGAUAAAACAGAUUUCUUAAGAAUGGUAAAUAGAAACCAUUUAUUUAAUAGCAGCAAUUAUAGUCUUAGUAGUCUUUUUAGUAUUGGAAGUGUUAGCUGUAGUGUAGCAAGUGGAUUGACAAGUAGAGCAGGAAGUAUUCGUUCAAGACAUCAUGUAUGGCAAGGUCCAGCACCGCUUCAUGCACUUUAUGAUUUAUUGAUUGCACCUAUGGAAGACCAUCUUCCUCGAGAUUCAGAUCCAUUAGAGCUUUUAUUAGUUCUUGAUGGUGAUCUUUAUUUGGUGCCAUUUUCAAUGCUGAAAAGUAAUGGUUGUGAUGAAUACAUGUGUGAAAGGUUUAGUUUGACUGUGCUACCAUCCAUAACUGCUCUCAAAACAAGUCAAAAAUCUAAACUAACACGUCAUCAAAAUAAUAGAGAUCACAUCACUUCAUUAGUUGUUGGUAACCCAAAAUUGCCUAUGGCUGUUUCUGAUGAAUGGGGAUGGACUGAUAUUCCUUCUGCUGAACAAGAAGCGAAUCUUGUAGCAGAAAUGUUGAAUUGCAAAGCAAUUAAUGGAAAUCAAGCUACAAAAGAAGCAGUGCUUAGUCAGUUAUCUCAAGCAGAAUGCAUUCAUUUUGCAACUCAUGUUUCUUGGAAAUUAUCAGCUAUUGUAUUAUCACCUGGAGAAUUUGUUGAAUCAUCAUCUCAAAGAAUGUCACAUGGUUCUCAAUCAGAAAGUGCUCAUGAUAGUUUAGAAUGUUGCGAAGAACCUGCUUCUGAAUUAGCUUCUGCUACUGAUUUACCACCUUUAUCUGAAUUUUUGUUGACUGCGGCUGAUAUUUUAAAUCUUCGUUUAUCUGCUCGACUUGUAGUAGUUAGUUCUUGUCAUUCUCGGAAUCAUCAUGGCAGAAUAAAUUCUGAUGGGAUUAUUGGCCUUACAAGAGCACUUUUAGCAGCUGGAGCUCAAUCUGUGGUAAUUUCUCUUUGGCCUGUUCCAGAUACAGCUGUAAAAAUAUUUUUAAGGACAUUUUAUUCAUCCCUUUUGCAGGGUUCAUGGGUAAGCAUAGCAUUAGCUGAUGCAAUGCGCACUAUCCAGACUACCAAACAUUUUGCUCAUCCAGCCAAUUGGGCAAGUUUUUUAUUAAUUGGUUGUGAUACAAGGCUAAGCAGUCAAGUUGCUCUAAUGGGUCAAGCUUUGGCUAUAUUAUUAAAAUCUCCAGAAAAAUGUCGAGAUGCAUUACGAGUCAUCUUACAUUUGGUGGAAAAGUCUCUUCAAAGAAUACAUCGUGGUCAUAAAAAUGCCAUGUACACUACACAAAAAAGCAUAGAAAAUAAAGUAGGAUCUGUUAAUGGUUGGAAAGAAUUACUUGUUUCAGUAGGAUUUCGUUUUGAACCUACAUCAAAUGGACUUCCUGCUUCAGUGUUUUUUCCACAAUCUGAUCCUGGAGAAAGAUUAACUCAGUGCAGUGCAAGUUUACAAGCUUUACUUGGUUUAUCAAGUGUAUCAUUAAGUGCUAUAUCAAAAUUGUUAUCUAGUCCAGAAUAUGCUGAAGAUAUUAUUCAAUUGAUGAAGCAAGUUAUGUUGCAGUUUCCAAAGAAAGAUCAGGAAGCUGAUAGUAUUGAAUGUCCUGUUAGUGUAAAAUUAUGGAGUAUUCCUGGAUGCCACGAACUUCUUGCUUCCUUGGGUUUUGACUUAAUGGAAGUUGGAAAAGAUGAAGUUACUCUAAGAAUGGGAAAGCAGGCUAAUCGUCGCACAAUUCAGUUCUCACUUCAAGCUUUACUGGCUGUUUUUGAUACACAAGAAGCUCCUAAAACUCUAAGUUUUGAAGAUUCCAGUUCACUAGAAAGCUUGGACAGUGAUUCCAGAGCUACGUCACCACCUCCACCAACCCCUACUCUUGCAUAUCCUCUUAGACGGAGACCCGUUCUUGGAAGUCUGGCAAUAGGUAGAGGAACAGGAGCCUUUACUACUUAUGCUCGAACACGUGGAGAACCAGACGGCAGAACAGCCACGAUGGGAAGUGACCAGAAAGGACGCGACAGUGACACGUUUACUCCGAGUCCCGUAGAUCCAAUAUCAAAACCUUACCUUGCACAAAAUCAGAAGACCUCUCCUCAGCCGAGUCCAAGAUUAGCUCUUGCCUUAUCUCAUCAAAAUAAAAUAAGGUCCAUGUACAGUAGUGACAGUCCAACUAGUGACAAUAACACAAAGCGCCCUGGCAGCUCGUCAUCUGCCAGUUCGACGACAGAUUGGGACAGCGGACAGUGCACAGUACGUCGACAGAAUGCAAAUCGUGAUUGCGAUUCCAAUGCAUCUAUUGAAAAUUCAAACAUGAAAUGUUUUCCUGGAAAGAAAAUAUGUAAUAUUUUAUCUACAGAAAGAGAUUUACAAGUAAUGCCUGAACAUAUUUGUGGAGUGUUAGGAAAUAAUUCUAGAAUAAAAAAUAAUUUAUCUCAACCAAGUUCUGGAUUUGAAUCUCAAAGUAGCGAUAGUUCGGAUCGUAAUGAUUUCAUGUCUCUCAAUUCAAAAUAUGGUUCAUCUAUUGCAUCAUUAAAAAAUGUUUUUGCUUCAAGACAGUCCCAAUCUUUAUCAAAAUUUUCUUUAUGCACUGAAGAAAUAGUUAACUGUAUGGAAAGACUUGGUUACAAAAGUGAAUCUGGAAAAUUUCAGAAUCAGAAAGGAAAUAAUAAAUAUUGUAAAAAUGAUAAUUUCAAUAAUAUUACAGAAACAAGAGUACAGAUUCAUAAUGUAGAAACUAACAAGUGCUUAAAACCAUCAGAUCCACAAUCAGUUGGAAUUGAUAGUUCGUUACCGUGUUUAUCAAGUGACAAUUUCACUUCGAGUGAUAUUCGCAUUCCUCCUCCAGCAACGAAUCUACAAGAUAACAUGUAUACAAUUCAUACAAUAAACGAUACUUUAAAUACACACAACGAUCAAAUGGGAAACUGCAGUAUAUUAAAUACUCAGCUAAGACACCUUAGCCAAGAGCCACCCAUAUCAGAUUUUUAUCACGACCGAAAUUUGGGACUUGGUUUGGCUCCAUCUCUUUCUAAAAUUCUUUCAUCCGAUGGAUCUCAGGGUAUCGAUCAUCAGGAAAGAGAAUACCACCAUGCAGAUAUUCACCUAGCUUCUAUGCCAAAAAUUAAAUCUACCAUUCCUCCAAAACAUUCAAGACAUCAUUCCAGGAUACACAACAUUUUAAUUCCAUGCACUAAUGAUGAUACUUUCCAUCACUAUAUGGAACAAAAAGAUAAUUUAGAAAAUCCAGAUUGCCCUUUAGCAUCGUGCAGCGUCAGAGACGACGGAGACGGAGGAUCAUUCACCGAAAUUUCAUGUUCGAGCCAGACAGAUUCUGCCACCAGAGACCUAUUUGCAACAUUUUUCAACAGCGUUGCAAACGAACAAAAGGAAUCAUUUCGUGUCGAACAACUAAGUAAUUUAAGUAAAGAAUUUCUACUAGAAGAAAAUAUUCUUAACAGCAAAGAUGAAACCAUCAAAUCUAGAGAAAUUGGUUCUUUAGAAAGUUCAAAUUUUUCUAGUUAUUCUUCGUACAAUCCCGCCUAUCAGCAUAAAUUAAAUUCGAGCGACCACACGCAAAAAGACGACGAAGCGGAUUCCAUCUUGGGAAGUUCAAAUGCAGACUUUCCUCCCGAUCUGAUCGUGUCAGACUUAGAAGGUAGCGACACAGAACAGAUGGAAAAUAUUUCCACCGUCAAACGAAAUCUAAAGCAUUUAAAUUUAAAUAAUGCCAGAGGAAAAAUCGAGAAGUCAAUAAGUAUGAAACCUCCGAUGCAGUCGUCGACGUGUUAAAUUUUCCUGCAUAACUAGAAAUGCAAUUUUAACAUGCCAAAAUGAAUUCGAUUGCUUGAUGUUAGCAUUUAGAAAUGUAAAAAUAUUUUGUACAGACUACUCUUGUUAUUGUAUAAAAUUAUUUUUGUACAAUAUGUAUUUAAAAAAUGUAUUUUAUUGAAUCUCAACAUUAAGCAUGCCUCUCGAUUUUAAUAC